GCUCCGGCGCGGCGGGUGCGGCCAUUUUACGGCCUGGGACGGAGGGAGGCGUGUUUGAGUGCUCGCCUUCCUUCUCCCUUCCUGGGGUCCCGCGGCUGAGCGAAGCGUCCCUGGCGGCCUGGGUGGGCGGUGGAUGGGGAGUCUUGGGCCGAGAGGAACUAGGCCCGGGAAGCGCCGUCGCCGUCGUCGCCGCUCACGUUCCCCCGGAGGAGCCUGAGGAAAAUCCCAGGCCGCGGGCCUCGCUAUCGCCCGUCAGUCUGCGGAUAGGCCCGGGCGCGCCUGGCCUGCUUUUGUGUAGGCCCGUUUGGAGGUGGGAGCGCCGCCUGCCUGCCGGCUGAGCCCGAGGCCCGCAACCCUGCGGCGGCUACCCUCCUACGGCGCGGCCCCUCAUCCCGGCGAGCACGGCGGCGGUGUGGGCCAUGGAUUAAGAAGGAGGCGGCGUGGGAGGAGGAAGAUGGCGGCCGGCAAGAGCGGCGGCAGCGCUGGGGAGAUUACUUUUUUGGAAGCUUUGGCUAGAUCAGAGUCUAAGAGAGAUGGAGGUUUUAAAAAUAAUUGGAGCUUUGAUCAUGAAGAAGAAAGUGAAGGAGAUACAGAUAAAGAUCGGGCAAAUCUACUCAGUGUAGAAGAUGAGGAUUCUGAAACCUCAAAAGGAAAAAAGUUAAAUCAACCAUCUGAAACUGUUGCUGCUAGUUCUGGUGAUUUCAUCUUGAAGACAUAUGUAAGACGAAAUAAGACUGAAAGUUUUAAAACUUUGAAAGGCAACCCAAUUGGACUUAACAUGUUGAACAACAAUAAGAAAUUGAGUGAAAAUACACAAAAUGCAUCAUUAUGUUCUGGAACUGUAGUUCAUGGUAGACGUUUUCAUCAUGCUCAUGCACAGAUACCAGUAGUAAAAACAGCAGCCCAAAGCAAUCCGGACCGAAAAGAAAGGAAAGAAUAUCCACCUCAUGUCCAAAAAGUUGAAAUUAAUCCUGUAAGGUUAAGUCGGCCCCAAGGUGUUGAACGUGUAAUGAAGAAAACAGAAGAGUCUGAAUCACAAGUAGAACCUGAAAUUAAGAGAAAAGUCCAACAGAAACGGCACUGUAGUACAUACCAGUCUACUUCUCUGUCUCCUGCUUCAAAAAAAUGUUUAACCCAUUUAGAGGUUUCUGAACAGCGUGAAUGUUGCCCAAAAUGUGGAAAAGAGAAAGAAAAUCAGUCCAAAUGCCAAAGUUGUGGUAUUAGUUUUCGUAAUGAUUUACAAAGAAACUGCAGACAAGCUAUAACUUUAAAUGAACCUACUGGACUAUUAUUAAGAACGUCGAUACAUCAGAAUUCUGGAGGACAGAAGUCACAAAACAUAGGAUUAACAACCAAGAAGUUUUAUGGUAACAGUGUGGAAAAAGUUCCAAUUGAUAUUAUUGUGAAUUGUGAUGAUAGUAGAAAUAAUUAUUUACAGACUAAUGGAAAAGUCAUUUUACCUGGGACAAAAAUACCCAAAAUCACAAACUUGAAAGAAAGAAAAACAAGCCUGUCAGACCUAAAUGACCCAAUCAUUUUGUCCAGUGAUGAUGAUGAUGACAAUGACAAGAAUAACAGAAGAGAGAGCAUAUCUCCUCAACCUGCUGACUCAGCAUGUUCUUCCCCUGUACCAUCCACUGGAAAAGUAGAAGCAGCACUAAAUGAAAAUAUCUGCAGAGCAGAGCAUGAACUAAGAAGCAUUCCAACAGAAUCAGAAUUGAAUACAGUUACAUUGCCAAGAAAAGCAAGAAUGAAAGAUCAGUUUGGCAAUUCUAUCAUCAGCACACCUCUGAAGCGUCGUAAAGUGGCUUCUCAAGAAACUUUAGUUAAUUCUUUAUCUUUAAGCUGCCAAAGUUCGUUUGAAAGUGUCAUUUUAAAUUGUCGAAGUAUACGAGUAGGAACACUGUUCCGACUAUUAAUAGAGCCUGUUAUUUUUUGUUUAGAUUUUAUCAAGAUACAUCUAGAUGAACCAGAAAGUGAUCCUAUAGAGAUUAUUUUAAAUACCUCUGAUCUAACUAAAUGUGAAUGGUGUAAUGUCCGAAAAUUACCAGUCGUGUUUCUUCAGGCAAUACCAACAGUUUAUCAAAAACUGAGCAUGCAAUUGCAAAUGAAUAAGGAGGAUAAAAUUCGGAAUGAUUGUAAAGGAAUAAAUAAGUUAUCAAAUUCGGAGGAACAAUAUAUAAUUUUAAUUUUUCAAAAUGGCCUUGAUCCUCAGGCAAAUAUGGUAUUUGAAAGCAUCAUUACUGACAUUGGUAUAAAAAAUAAUGUUCCCAAUUUUUUUGCAAAAAUUCCCUUUGAAGAAGCCAAUAGCAGACUUGUUGCCUGCACCCGAAGCUAUGAAGAGAGCAUCAAAGGAAGUUGUGUGCAAAAAGAAAAUAAAGUUAAAACUGUAUCAUUUGAAUCCAAAAUACAGCUUAGAAACAAACAGGAAUUCCAGUUUUUUGAUGAUGAUGAAGAAACCGCAGAGAGCCAUACCAUCUUCAUUGGACCUGUAGAAAAAUUGAUCGUGUAUCCACCACCUCCAGCUAAGGGAGGCAUCUCUGUUACUAAUGAGGACCUGCACUGUCUAAGUGAAGGAGAAUUUUUAAAUGAUGUUAUUAUAGACUUUUAUUUGAAAUAUUUGGUGCUUGAAAAACUGAAGAAAGAAGAAGCCGACCGAAUUCAUAUAUUCAGUUCUUUUUUCUAUAAACGCCUUAAUCAGAGAGAGAGGAGAAAUCAUGAAACAACCAAUCUGUCAAUACAACAAAAACGGCAUGGGAGAGUAAAAACAUGGACCCGGCAUGUAGAUAUUUUUGAGAAGGAUUUUAUUUUUGUACCCCUUAAUGAAGCCGCACACUGGUUUUUGGCUGUUGUGUGUUUCCCUGGUUUGGAAAAACCAAAGUAUGAACCUAAUCCUCAUUACCAUGAAAAUGCAGUCAUACAAAAAAGUUCAACUAUAGAAGAUAGUUGUAUUUCUUCUCCUUCUGCCAGUGAAAUGGACAGUUGUUCACACAACUCUUCUGCCAAGCCUGUAAUUAAGAAGAUGCUAAAUAAAAAACAUUGCCUAGCUGUAACUGAUUCAAGUGCUGGACAGGAAGAAAGUGACCCUUGUUAUCGGAGAAACAUAUGCAGUGUGAAAUGUAGUGUGAAAAAAAUAAAUCAUACUGCAAGUGAAAAUGAAGAAUCCAGUAAAGGAGAAUCUGCAUGCCAGAAAGUAGUUGAUAGGACUAAAAAUGAGAAUGGCCUACAGAAUGAAUGUUUGAGUUCUGUGCAUCAUCCAGAUGGCUUAAGCAAAAUCAGACUAAGCUAUGGUGAUGAAUCAGCUGAAGGUAGUAAAAUGCUUGAAGAUGAACUAAUUGACUUCUCAGAAGAUCAAGAUAAUCAGGAUGAUAGCAGCGAUGAUGGAUUCCUUGCUGAUGACAAUUGCAAUUCAGAAAUAGGACAGUGGCAUUUAAAGCCUACUAUCUGUAAACAACCUUGUAUCCUACUUAUGGAUUCUCUCAGAGGCCCUUCUCGGUCAAAUGUUGUCAAAAUUCUAAGAGAGUAUUUAGAAGUGGAAUGGGAAGUUAAAAAAGGAAGCAAAAGAAGUUUUUCUAAAGAUGUUAUGAAAGGCUCUAAUCCAAAAGUACCACAGCAAAACAACUUUAGUGAUUGUGGUGUAUAUGUAUUACAGUAUGUAGAGAGCUUUUUCGAGAAUCCCAUACUAAAUUUUGAGCUACCUAUGAAUUUAUCAAACUGGUUUCCUCCCCCAAGAAUGAGAACAAAAAGAGAAGAAAUUCGAAAUAUAAUUCUGAAGCUGCAAGAAGAUCAGAGUAAAGAGAAGAAACAGCCUAAGGACAGUUCCUCAACAGAAGCAUCUUUAGGUGAAAGAACAGAACAGUAUGUCAACAGUGUCUCAGAUUGACCAGAAGACAAUUGUUGCUUGUGGCUUUCAGAAAUGAAAUGACUUUCAAUUUUGGGGACAGUCAGUAAAGAACUGAAGUACUCACUACUCAGAGUGAUUUGGAGAUGUUAAUGCUUGUAUAAAUGUCAUAUAAUUAAUUUCCAAAGGAGUAUGUAUUAAGUAAAAGUCUGUAAAUAUGUUAAUGAAACCAAUUUUUCCAGCAUUUAUAAUUAUUUUUUUCACUUGUUAGGAAGCUUUUGUUAUGUAUUUUCUGUUAAUAGUACUUAAAACUGCAACUUCUAAACACAAAAUAAAUAAAAAAAUAUUUAUAGGAGGAAAUGAUUAAUCUGAUAUAUUCUUUAGUGAACUUGUAUAGUUCCUUCAGUGGGUUUGAUUUAUUUUAUGGGAAUAGUUAAGUAUCUAUGAUAAUCUUUUUACCUUUUAUAUUUGCUCUAAAAUAACUCAAAAUGUGAAAAUAAUAUUAAAUCUAAGGCACUUUCAAUUAAGAAAACAUCUUUAUAUACUUGUACAACAAGAAAAAAGUACAGCUUUUCAAUUCAUACACUCUCAUGUGUUAUGAAAAACCAAAAGUGUAGUAAAUAUUUAUAUAUAAUUUUCACAUACUUAGGAAUAAACAGCAUUGAGUAACUUAAGGAAAACUACCCUUGAAUUAUACUACCAAAAAAUAACUAGCAUACAUUAUUAUCAAAUGGAUUUUUGAAGACAUCAAAGACUCAGGUUGAAACUAUUUGAUAAAUGCAGCUUGAAUUUCAAAUAUCCCAUGUUACCUUUCUAUAUUAUAUCUUCAAAUAUGCUGCAGUCUGUGUGAUGUAGUUAAUUGAUAAACAUUUUUAAUCUGCAUAAACAGGAAUUUAAAUAGGAAUUGCUAUUUUUUGUAACUACUUUUGCUAUUUUUAUUGCUCAUUUUGAUCUUAUUUUGAUAAAGUAUCAGACUUUUGCUUGAGUUUUUCAGUGCAAAUUAUUUUUACAUGUAAAAGUACUGUCUUUAAUCACAUAAUGCAGCAAAAAUCUCCCUUUGAAAUGCUAAAAUAUGGGUCUAGGAAUAUAGUUCAGUAGUAGAGUGCAUACUUAACUCAUGUGAGGGCACCGAGUUGAAUCCCCAGCACCAAAAAAAUAAAAAUACUAAAAUGUGAAGAUUCUGAUGAUACAUUUGCAACUCAUAUAGAAAGCUUGCAUAUAUUUGUAGAAACUUCAUUAUUUUUCAAAUGAAAUCAUAUACAUUCUUUCCAGAUGAGACUUGAAAUAUAUAUUUUAAGUCAUUUUUUUGUUAAAUGAGGAAUGAAUUUUUAAAUGCAAGUAUAACAAAAAUAAUAAUUUUUAAAAGGCCAUUUCUAUUGUCAGUAAUUAUUUUAUUUUUAACUUCCUGGCUCUGGUAUGGUGAUAAACAAUUUAGAGGGUUUUUAGUAAUAACUUAGUUCUAAUGGUUAGAUAAUUAAUUCAGUUAUGAAAAGCAAGAGUUGUACAGCAAAAUGCUUUUGGAUCUCUAACGAAACGAAGACAAAAAAAGCAGAACGUCUUUUUAAAAACUAAUACCUAAGUUUUUUCAAUGAACUGUAUUUUGCUAGAAUUUGAUGGUACUGAAAAAAACUAUCCCAGGGGCUGGAUGUGGUGGCACAUGCCUAUAAUUGCAUCUGUUCUGAAGGCUAGAAAUGAAGAUCACUUGAGCCUGAGAGAUCAAGAUCAACCUGGGCAACAUAGAUUCUAUCUCAAAAGAGAGAGAGAGAGAGAGAAAAGCUAUUCUAAAAUUUUUUUUUUCUUUUAAUUUCAAGUGGUUACAUUUUACAGGUAAUUUUUGAUAAACUAAAAUUAUAACUUGUCCCUUGGGCCAACUCUUAUCAGUAUUUUAAUUUUAAUAUGAAAAAUAUAGAUUGAUGUAUGUCAACUAUCUAGAGGUAAGAGUACUCAGAUAUUUGGUAUUGUCCCACCCUUUGUGAAAUUUUAUUUUUGAAAGUAAUGCAUUAUAUAUUGCAUAUAUAUUGAAAUCUUUGGAGGCUGUCAGGUUGCACUUAAUAAUUAUGUACUCUGGUAACUUCUAUAUGUAGUUUAGAGUGGAUAUCAGCCUUUUAAAAUGUGAUUAAUAAGUAUUUAGAAAUUGUGAAACAACUUUAAGGUCUAGAGGUUUGCUACUAGACACUGAAACUGCAUGACGAGUAUCUGGUGUCUUAACUAAUUAGAUAGAUCUGUUGUAUUGGUUUUCUUGUGGGAUAGAAUAACAGUUAAUCAUUUUUAGAAGAGUUUUAGAUUACUUGCCAUAAAAUUUGUAUGUAUCUUAGCUCUUGAUAGUUUAGGAGCGAAAGUGAUGUUUAACUAGUCCCUUCCCUUUAAUGUUGCUGUACCUACUUCAGACAGUUGAAAACUUAAUCAUUAUUUCAAGUUCAUUUAAGCCUAGAAUAGUUACCUUUCGUUUGCACAGUAACCUGUACUCAAACUCUUAAUUAAAUGUAGGAGGUUUUACUUUAAAACACAAAAUGGUUACAUAAAUUACAUCUUGUUUUAAGUCACCAAAAUAAAUUCAGUAUUUUUUUUAAAAAAAACCAUUCAUGAUCUCUGAAGACUAUAAGAUGUAAUGUAAAAAAAAAUAACAGUUUUAAUUUCCUAAAAAUUAAAAAUGUACUUGAAAGUCUUAGGUAAUUCACUGGAAAUAAUAAAGAAUAUAUUUUAAUAUGUAAUAUGAUCGAGAGUUGGUAUAGUAAAGUUAUGGGAAUGUUACAGUGGAAGAGAAUAACUUGGUCAGAAAAAACAGUAGCUUACAGAGAUGAGGCUGUGUGGUGCUCUAUGUCUAGAACAGACACAGGUAUCAAAGCUGCUCUACAGAUUAUUCUAGAGACAAAUGGAAAUUGAGAUUAUUGUGAGGGCAUAUCCAGCCUGUCAAGCAGAUAUCAAUGUUUUACCAAUAUGACAACCAAAUGUACAAAGAAAACCAGACUGCACUGGGAAGUGUUAUCUGUUUUAAAAGGGGAAAAAAGUGCUGAAAUCCUCCAAAAGGAGUUUCAGGUGUAUUUAUAAUUUUCUUAAUCUCAGGAAGAAGAAAAGGGGUCAUGAAAACUGCUAUUCCAAAACUUAAGUUUUCCAAUAUGGGAAGAAUCAGUUGACCAUUGUGAAAUGAGGAAAAAAACUGGCCCUAUCAUCUGAAUUAACUAGAUCAAGGAAUAAUGGCAGACUCCUCAAUUACUGUUAAGGAAAUCAAGGUGCAGUGGACUCACAAGAAAGAUGCCAUAGACCCCUGGUGUAAAACAGGAAAGUUAAAAGCAUAGAGGAUUUUAUUUUUAUUGAAAACAAUUACAGUUAAAUAGUCCUUGUUGCAUAUGAUUACAGUGAGGAUGGCAGUGUCCAAAACCAGCAUUUUUAUGUAGAAAUAUGCAUGAAACUCAUGGGGGAAGCUUUUCAUACAACACAUGCCCAGGUCUCAAUCCCAUUGGUAUCAUGAAUUUCCCAGGUAUUUCCAGUACCCAACUGCAGCAAGCCACUAAUUUGAAAGGAUCUAUGUCCCUGACAACUUUCAAAUUUAUGGUUCCAAAAAUAAUGAAGCUUUGUAUUUCUUUCCCUCAGAUCCUUUAUCUCUACACCCCCGACACACAUACAAUUUUCAUUGAAAAUCUGAUUGAUGAAGUCAUUAAAUUGUUACCAAGCCUUGACUGGCAAAAGUCCUGAUUUUUAAAAGGAAGAAAGUAAAUUCUGCAAAUGAUAAAGUACUAGAGUCACUUUGUUUUUGUUUUGUUUUGUUUGACAGCUCUGGGAUUGAAUCCAAAGCCCAACAUGCUUGGCAAGAGCUCAACAAAUGAGCUACAUCCCUAACUCAAGUGCCCAUCACUCUUGAUAAUAUCCUUGGGUGAAUCACCAAAUGGAUGGUUUUUGAAAUCUUUUUUUUUUUUUUAGAGAGAGAAUCUUUUAAUAUUUAUUUUUUAGUUUUCGGUGGACACAACAUCUUUAUUUUUAUGUGGUGCUGAGGAUCGAACCCAGUGCCCCGCGCAUGCCAGGCAAGCGCGAUAGCUUGAGCCACAUCCCCAGCCCAGUUUGUGAAAUCUUAAAGCAUAGGUCACUAGGAGCCAUGGGACUAUGAAAAGCAAAAUUUUGAUUUUUGUUUAAUUUUUAGUAGAAUUUUGAGGUGUCAAUGCAAUUCUCAAAAGUGUAUUUAAUAACUAGCUUUCAUAAAUAAUAGAUUCAAGUAAGCUGGAAACAGUUUAAACCAAGUUAAGUGGGUUUUCUUACAUGGCUUCUUGGAGCUUUUAAUAUGCUAAUGUACAGAUAUAUUAAAUAAGAGGAAAAUACAAAACAGUCAUACUAUAGAAUACUGUAGAAUUGGCCAUAUUUACCUUUCUCUUGAACUAAACUUCCUUAUAAAUACUACCAAUAAGGAGACAAAGUUAACUUUGAGCUGUCCAAACUGAACUGCAAGAAAAGAUGCCUUUUAAACUCAUUUUAGUUUUUUGUUUUGGUUCCUUUUUUAGCCUUUUAUUAAUAAUUGGGUAUAUGGUUUGGAAAUCUAAAAAUAAGUGACUAGUGUCUUGGUGAAAUGAAGCUUUAUGGUAAGUGUUUUUCCUUAACCAUGAUGAAAAUAUUUACAAAUUAAUUCUUUUAUACUUGUAAUUGUAGGUGAAAAAUCAAAUCUCUUUCAUCCUCUAUUCCUUUAGAAUUAAACUGCAAUAGAUGAUCUUUACAUUUUUUUCCUGAAGAAAUCUGUAAAAAAAAAAAAAAGCUACAAAAUAUUAAUACAUUUAUGAUAUUUUAAACUUCUCCAGUAACUGAAAAAUUAUUCAAACUUAAUUAGCAUUAUACAUGCUAACAGAGAAUUUGGUGAAAAGCAAAUUAGAUGAAAUUUCCUUAAAUAUUGAAUAAAUGUUAUAAGUACCAACUAUGUACUAAGUGUUAGAGGUAAAAAGACACCAUUUUCUCCCCUCUUGGAGCUUCCUUAUAGUGUGUUGGGAAAUACAUCUGUUAAUUAGCCCUACAAAUUAGUAAUUUCAAAUAAGUGCCAUCAGGAAGCAUAGAAUGUAUUAAGUUAAUAUAGUCUAUCCUGGGAAGGUUAGAGACUUCCUAAAGAUGUGACAUUUGAACCGGUGAUAGACAAAAUGAACAGUGCAGAAAGGGAAGAGAAGAAUAGCACUUGUGUGCUGUGCAAAAGCCCUUAGGUAGGAAGGUGUGUGAUUUGUCCUCAAUGAUAAUAGCCUCAUUUAUCAAGCACAUACAAAGUAUGUGGUCUAAGCAUUUUAGAUGAAUGAAUUCAUUUAUUCAUCACAAUGACCUUAUGAAAAAUGUACUGUUAAUACUCCCAAUGUAUGGGAAAUUUUCCCCUGAAAAACAGGGCUUUGAAUUCACAUCUUACCCUAAAAGGCUAGAUUACCUGUGCUAGAGAGACAAUGAUGAAAAUAAAUAAGAUGACCAUGUUUUUUUAGAAAUGCAGUGUGGCAUAUUUAUUUUUGAAAACUGGGUGGCGAUUCAUGUUAUUUUUUAACUUUUGGCAUUUUCAUAAUUUUUUAGAAGGCCUGUAAGUGAGGUAGAAAGGGAGGCUGGGAACUAAUCACAUGGCUUUAACAUCUUGUUCAGAGUUUGGUAAUUAUCCUAAAAAAUCAUUGAAGCAUUUCAAACAGGAGUAACAUGACCAAAUGUAAAUAUUGAAAAGAUCAGAGUGGUAGUCACGAAAGCAUUAGAUGGGACAAGAAUGAGUUUAAGUCACUACUAUAGUAAUUAAACUAAUUAUGAAUUACUAUAUGUAGGGUGAAGGAUACAAUUAUGCCUGUGAUUAUAGGGUAUUUCAUUUAAACUUUUUCUUUUAGAAAUAUGCAACAAGAACAGAAAAGGGUAUUCUUUUGUCCCAUUCAGAAUUUUUGGUUUGUUUCCUUUAUGAACAGUUAUUGAAGAGACAACAUGUACAGUUGAGAAAUGAAGAGAAAAUGACAAAUCGAAGACAUUAAAGUUUUCUUAUUUUAAAACAUGAACAUCAAAAACACAGAAUUGAUACUGACAUUGUAUUGUUUUCACAAAAAAGUACUACAUGACAAAUUUAUGCUUAAAUUUGACCUAGUUGGGCCAGGUGCAGUGGGCACACUCCUGUAAUCUCGGCAGCUCUUGAGGCUGAGGAAGGAAGAUUGCAAGUUCAAAGCCAGCCUUAGCAAUUUAGUGGGGCCCUAAGUAACUCAUGAGACCUGCCUCUAAAAAAAAUGAAAGAAAAGACUGGAGAUGUGGCUCAGUGGUUAAACAGCCAAAUUCCCAGUACAAAAAUUAAUUAAUUAACUUAAAAAUAAAGAAAAAAAUUUUUGCCCUAGUUCGCCAACAUUUCCAAACAUGCUUCUUACAGAAACUGCCCAAAGUAAUUGUACCAUAGCUAGUUAUAGUUUGUAUUAGUUGGUCUCUUCCAUCCCAUUCUCCUCCUGUCACAGCUGAUUGGGUUUAGUGGGCACUUGAUUUCAAUGAAAAUUGGUUUGUAGUCAUAUGACCUAGGAAGUAAAAAACCACCAGGCUUGGUGCACACUGGAAUGGGGAACAUGCUUUAGGGAGGAGGAUCUUAAGUUCAAGGCCAGCCUCAUUAUUUAGUGAGACUGUCUCUAAAUAAAAAAUAUAAAAGACUGGGGAUGUAGCUCAGUAGUAAAACACCCCUGGCUUCAACCCCCAGUACCAAAAACAAAAACAACACAAAAUAUUCCAAACAGAUCUGGUCAUUGGGUAUUAGAUUGAAAAUAGGAAAGAAUUUGCAAUUUGGCAGAGAAUGCAGUGUGUUAAAAUGAGUAAUAGAAGUACUCCUUUUUAAGAUGGACUUUUUUUCCCACAUUUUUACCUCUGAAAUAAGGCUACAUCUUACCAAAUAAAGAAACUUAAGUUCUCAUCAGAAUCAUACAGGAAGCUUAAUGAACACACGCCUGGUUCCCAGAGUUUCUGAUUGAGGUCUGCAGUGGGACCUUAAAUGUACAUCUCUAACAGAUUCCUAGGUGAGACACACUUUGAGAAACGCAUUAUAUGGAUUCUUUGCUGUGGUUUCUGUCAUUUUUGUGAAAACUUCUUGAUACAGUUAGCACCAAGAAAGCACCAAGCAUUAGAGCAUCUGUAUUCAAUGAAAUGCUGUAUGAAAUUAUUUUAUCCUAUUUAAGAAUAUCCUUUCUGUAAUUACAAGUAAAUGUGAAUAACAGGUAUGUGAUCACAGGAUAGCUUUGCUUUUUUAAAAAAUUGUUACAGUCUGGAUUUUUCUUUCCUUUAUAACGUAUUUUAGCAACUUUGUAUGUAUUCGUUAGUAUUUCCCCCCCCAUUCAUAGUUUUUCUAUACAUCUCUAUAUAUGUAUAAAGAUACAUUUGUUAAUUGUUUUUCUUAUAAAAACUAGGAAAAUUA